AUGGCGUGUCCCUAUGCGACGAAUUACUCGCGAGGCGUCAGCUUCAUCGACAUGAACGACGACGACGAAGCUCAGGAAGGCGUCAACAAGGUCGAGAUGGGAUUCGGUCAUACCUACACCAAGUAUCUCCAGGUAAACUUAUUUUAUAACAUUUAGAAGUUGUUUAUUACGUCUUUAUCGCGAAAAGACCGGCUUUCUUUUUAAAAAUACGGUGGCCAAAGUUGCGUUAUCUGUGUGAAUGGUGUAUACAGAUUGUACGCAAGAUUCGACGACGAUUUUUUUCAUUUUGAAAAAUCGAGCUUUUUCGUUUCUUUUUUUCCCGCGGGAUCCCGUUAAAAAUAAAUUAUUUCGAUUUAUUCUAGGUUUUUACUGUGACAACGAUAAAUCUUAUUUUUCAAUAAUUACUGUGAAUCAAAAAAAAAAUAUUUUUCUGAACUUUAUGUUCAAAUAAAAACUUUUUAGUUGGAUAAGCUUCUUUCUGCUCAAACUCUUCAGUCGGAACUCAACGGCCAACGAGUGGACGAUGAACAUCUUUUCAUUGUUGUUCACCAGGUUUUGAAAAUCUCCCGGAAAUUUCCUAAUUGAUUAUUUAGUCCCACGAACUGUGGUUCAAGCAAAUCCUCUUCGAUAUCGACAUUGUUCGAAGGCUUCUCAAUAACCCGGUAUAUCAUUUUUUGAGAGGGGAUAAAAUGAGAAGGAAAAUUGAACAGAUUGUGGAUGAGACAAAGUCUUUGCGAAUUGUUUCCGGAUUGGAUCGAACAGUGAGAAUAUUCACGCUUCUUGUCGAUCAAAUUGCGAUUCUCGACACGAUGAGUCCGUUGGAUUUUGUCGAUUUCAGGUUUAUUUCUUUUUCUAAGUUUGUUUCAUGUCGUUUUUAUUCAUGAAAGGCAGGCAUUUGUUUCAGUUGUACAGCUUGCCUCAUGCCGUGUUCAAAGUAUUUUCCGCGAAAUGCAAAAUGAUCUCUGAUCCUCCAAAAUUUAGUUAUAUUUUUCUCUCUCUGACGGUCAUUUUGCAUUUCGCGGAAUCACUUUGAACACGACAUCACGUAAAUUGACAAGAAAUUCAUCAUUGAGGCGCUCUUUUUAACACCUCAUCGAUCUUUUCGCACAUUGACAACGCGAAACGGACGUUUCUGAGCAUUUCUAGGGAUCACUUAAGAAUACUGUCGCUACUGACGGGGUCGCCAGACAUGCCCGGACACGUCCGUUUCGCGUAACCAACGUCCGAGCUUUUCUUCUUUUUGGAAGUUUUUCGUGGCCCAUUCCGAAGUGAUUCCGCGAAGUUCAAAAAAGUGGUCUGACAGUGAGGAGCGAUUUCGCAAUUUCAAAUAAACUGCUAUUUUAUUCGUUCUUUGCAAAAAAAAAACAGAACAAAAAAAGCCCUCCGCUGCUUUUAAGAACAUCGGGCUGGUACCUGGUAUUAUUUAGCCGGCUUCGCAGUUGAUCGGACUCUGUCCGCCAUGGAUCUCGUUCGAAAAUGUCUUCGCAAUGAUUUCUUGUCCCCGCAAUCAACUGAACUUUCAAAGAUAUAAGAUUUUUCUUCAUUAUAAAAAUUUUUCGAUACUAACAUAGAAGGUCAUUUUUGCGUAGGGUUUGGAAUUUUCUGAAAAUUUGCUCAAACAAUCUUUGAUGGACUGGGAAUCGAUUCAUCAUAGCCGCUAUCUGCGCAAACUUUUCGUUUUGGAGACAUCCCUUUUUUAAGUUUUUGUCCUUUAACACGUGACAAUGUUCGGAAGGAAUGUGUCUGCAGCACAAGUCAUGACUUCAAGAAAUUUUCAAAAAAAAAUCUUUGUUGAAAAAGUUAUUUUUGGAAGAGCCAUCGAGCGGUUUUAGAACUUUUUUAUUUAUGAAAUUUCGACAUGUUUAUCAAGAUCCGUCAAAAAAAAUUAAUGGCAAAAAUGGAUCGCCGCAAAAAGAUUCGAACCUUCAUAAUAGGCUUCGCAGGCUACUGCGCUAGCCAUUGCACCGCGCUCCUAGCUGCCAUGCAAUGACUUGUGCUGCGGACAUAUUCCUUCCGAACAUUGUCAGGGACAAAAACUUUAAAAAAUCAUAUCUCCAAAACGAAAAGUUUGCGCAGAUAGCGGCUAUGGGGAAUCGAUUCCCAGUCCAUCAAAGAGUGUUUGAGCAAACUUUCAGAAAAUUCCAAACCCUACGCAAAAAUGAUAUUCCAUGUAAAACCCAAAACCUCACAUCAAUUUUUCGGUAGUAGUCGAUCAAUAUUUUCCAAUUCGUUUUUUCGUUUCCAACUUUCAAUCAUAUGCUCCACACGUUCUUUCUGAAGGAAAAAUAAUUUAAAAGAGUUUUUUUGACGAUAUGAAACUGCUUUAUUUGACGUUGCUGUCGAAUCUCCAUGGACUGAUCAGAAUACUUUCGUUGAGAGCUUCCUGCAAUAGUUUCAACAUUGAGAAAAGAAAUUCAAUUUCAUUAUUCGAAUCGCAAUUUUUAACUGAUUAGCUAUUUAAAGCCGUAAGUAAGCUAGAAAAAGCUUUGUACAUUCAGAAGAACUAACUAGGCGGUGCGCUAGAGCUCCGCUCGGCCUUGUCAGAUCUAAGAAAAUCCCAGACGCCGAAGGCCGUGACGGCAUUUUCCGCGGGGGUCCCAUCAUCGCUUUGUCAGUAUCGCGCUGCCAACAGUUUGUGCCUCGGCCACUGGAAUGGGCUUCAGCGUGACUUUGCGUAUCCAAUUUGCAAGCAAAAAGGAUCGGCACUCCGGGAGUCCCACGGGCCUAAUCUACUAGCGCUUACAACUCAGAAACUUAUUUUGGAAAUUGAAAGUUUAAUGGAGGCUCAAAACUCAUCUUGACGUUGAAGUGCAGAAGCAAGUCGGAGUCGUUAGGGAAGGAGAAAUGAGAUUCGAAUCCAGGUCAUACAAAAAGAAAUGACACGUUUUCACGUGGUUUUUUUAAGUGUUAUUUUUUUCGAUAUCAAUAAAAUGACCUUGCCACGGGGUUCACGUUUUUUUUUUGCGCCCCAAUGAUAAAUCUCUUGUCAAUUUAAGUGAGUUUUAUUUUUUUCAAGUAUUUAGUAAAAAAAUAACCUUUUGAAAAAAAUUCCACUGAAUGUUCUUCUAAAUUUUUUUCAAAAGAGUUUGUAAACACGUUCUUAAAUUUUUUUUUUCCAAUGCGGCGGUUUUUUGAAAUUUUUUUCGUGAAAGUUUUUUUAACUAAUCAUAUGUUUUUUUAUUAUUUUUUUCAAUUUUAGAAAGUAUUUGACGCCGGCUUCCGGCUUCCAGUCUUUGCAAUUCCGUUUGCUAGAAAAUAAGAUUGGAGUGCGUUUGGAAAGAAGAAUCAAGGUGAGACAUUUUUGAAGUUUCUCUCUUUAAUCCCUUUAACCAAAGUAAAAAAAGAGCUGGAAAAAUCCAAAAGUUGAGUUAUUGUCGGACGUUCAAAAACAUGGUUGGUUACAUCUGAGACUAGAAAAAUAUUGAUUGAUCGAUUUAUUGAGAAUUGGUGUGAUCUACAGCAAUGAGUUCCAAAUUUAGGGCGGUUGUCCCAAUUUUCUUUUUGACCUUGAAGAAAGUUCUGUCAAUUUUUUGCUCUGAUAGCUGAUUCACGGAUGGCUUGAGCCAUCGAAAAAGGGUCCUCACACGAUAAUGCACGAAAUAGCGCCUGGAUCGUGGAGAGUACAGACAGGACACGCCCCUUUAGCGUCCCAAGCUGGCCGUGAAUCAGCUAUAUCUUGAAUUUCUUCGACCUUCGAUCUUUCUUUGAUCAUUUGAUUUUUGAUGACUCAAUUUAGUAUUGAUUUAUUUGUUUCUAAUCAAAAAUGAUAAACUAGUCGAUGAAUUCCAGUACAACGCGCAGCACUACAAGAACGUUUUCGACGACGAAGACAAAGAAGCUUUGUUGGAAUCGGAACGUUCCCCGAGUCUCCUCAUCUUGAUUCAAGUCGAAAUUCUUCCCUGAAAAAGAUAAUUUUCGAAUAUUUCAGAAUUGGCUCGAAAGAACACCUGGCUUGAAGCCUUCCGAUGAGAAUGACGAAGGAUUCUGGCCGAAAUAUGAACGGGCGGUCCGCCAGUUCUUGGAUGACAUGUACGAGUCGGCUAAUGUGAGUUUCGAGCUUAUUUUUUCAGUGAAAUUUAAAAAAAUGUAGAUGCAUGCAAAGUUUGAAUUAUUCGUAGUUUUUCGAAAGCUAUUGUUUCAUUUUAUUCUUUCAUUUUGUGUGAGCUUCUUCACUUAAGGGAACAUUGCAAAUAGCUAUGAAGUCAAUCCAUGUUCUUUUUAUUUGAGUAUCCAUCAUGUACUUGAAAAAAUGUAGAAAUUUGGAAAUGUUAAUAAAAAAAGCGGCGAAAUUUUUUUCUACCGCUUUUUUUCUUAAAGUUCAAACUUGUUACUUUGUCUAUUGAAAAACAAUAGAAAUAUCGACUCUCUACUUCACAUCUAAACGCGUAAGUCAGUCUGUAGUCGGGGCGCAGAAAAGUUUAAGAACACCUUUCCACCCUUGCGUUCUUCUUCGUGUAAAUAUGAUCAUUUAAAGUUGUUGUUAAAUUACAGAAAAUGAUGAAGAAUAAGUAAGACAAGUGGAAAAAAGCUGAAAAAACGUAGUUGAACGAAAAUAAAGUUUAUUGGAAGUUUACUGGACUUCCUUCGAUUCAUUGCUUCUUUUUUUUCAUUUUACAGUUUCCCGGUUAUCUUUUAAAUUUUCAUAGUGACCACAGUGUGCUCCGACUUCGUUCAGUACAAUUAUUUCGAAACUCACAUUGGCCGACCCGUACUGUUCCUUUUGAAAAGUUCGGCGAAAUUGAAGAUUAUUGUUUCACAAAAUUGAUGCUGACCGCCUAGUCGAGUAAACCUGUGACUAAAUACAAAAAAAAUAAGCAUUGAUUGAUUAAAUAAAAAAAUUAAUUUCUAGCAAGAGAGUCACUCAGAAGAAGUGCGACAGCAGCUGUUGGCCGAAUACUACAAAACCAAGGAAUCUUUCGCAACGAUUUUGGAUUCGCGCCAACACGAAGGCCAGAUCAAAAUGGGUUCGUUUUGAAAAGAAAUGAGACAAACUGUUUGCUAAAAAAAUUUUUCUGGGUUGUUUUUGAAAUGGAAAAAAGUUUGAAAACGAAAAUCGAAACAAAAAAUUUUAGGAAAUCGUCUUCUCUCACACGAUGCGAUGAAGGGAGCCCUCAUGAUUUAUUUUUAUCGGUUCGUUUUUUUUUUCUCUAGAACUAUCCCAAAAAAGAAUAAUUUCAGAGACAUGCCCCGUUUUUCGGUCCCCUACCAGAUUUUGACCUAUCUCAUGGACAUUGACAGUCUCUUCACCAAGUGGCGGUGUUCGUUUCAUUUAUUUUUAUUUUUCAAAAGGUUCAUUUAAAAAAUAAUAACAAAGUUUUCAGAUAACCACGUUCUGCUGGUCCAAAGGAUGUUGGGAAGCAAGCAAGGAACAGGCGGAAGUUCGGGCUACAUGUACCUCAGAACUACUGUCAGGUUAACAAGAUUUUACAGUUUUGAGAUGAAUUUAUAGCGAGAAGAACAGUUGAGUUUUUUCUAAGAAUUUUCUGAAAACCUUCUUGAGAACAGCCCACUUUAAAGUUUAUUCACUGAAGACUUGUUUCAAUAUUUUUGAUGGCCUUACAAGAAAUAGUGCGCUGAAAGAAGAUGUUCAGACGUCUCUGUAGUUUUUGUUCCAGUGGAUAAAUAUUCUUUUUAGUUAGCCAGAAGUAUUAGUUUUCCUCAUGACUUUUCCAUAAGUCAUUACGCGCAAGUCGUAUUGAGUCGGGCGCUCUUAAAAGCAGAAUUUUACCAAUAUUUCACAAGUCAAAGCCAUUCCACGUGCGUCCUUAGGGUUUCAAAUAAAGAAAUAGCCUUAUCUUUUUCUAUAUUUGAAAUCGAACUGAAUGAAAUUUUUAUUUUUGCUUUCUCUAUUCCUCUCUUCCUCUCCGUUUUUCUCGACUUGAAAGUUUCUCUGCGCCCUCCUAGUCUCAACGCUCUCAUCUUGACGUGCUCAUUUCAUGCUUUUCUGAGCUUCCGGUGAAGGUAAAGAGACGGAGACACUUGGAAACUUUGAAGCCGCGGAGGACUGACUAUAAUUCAAAUAAGUCGUGAAAACAAUGAUUGAACAACGCGAAAUAUUUUCCAAGACUAUUUCAACCAAAGUGUUUCAGUGACCGCUACAAGGUGUUCCUGGACUUGUUCAACCUGUCGACGUGGCUGAUCCCACGCGAAUACAUUCCGUCGCUGUCGCCACGAAUGGUGAAGACCCUUUCCGAACACUCGAAUCUCUCGGCUUCCCUCACCUCGGAGAGCGACUUGAGCCUCAACUUAAAAGACGUUUGA